AUGCACCCCGUUGCGGAACAAGGCUUCAACAAGUCGGCAACCGAGUGUUCGUACGACAAGGCACGUCCUUCGUACUCUGUUCAGGUAAUAAACAGCAUUCUCGCCGCGCCGCAGAGCAACGGGCCUCUCCGCAUCGUCGAGCUCGGUGCGGGGACGGGCAUUGCGACUCGUCUCCUGCUCGAGCAUGGCGGCGCGCACGGCGGAAUCGAGCGACUAGAGGCGUUUGACCCGUCAGAAGGCAUGCUUCAGUGCUUGAGAGCUUCGCUCUUUGGCAAAAACGGCAAGGAAGGCGAGGUCGACAGGCUAAAGCAGCAAGGCAAGCUGAAGCAAGACGCCGUAGUAGUAGUGGGGGAGGCUACAUUUGAGGACUACAAUGCCACGCCUGGUGCCGACAUUGUCAUUAUUGCUCAGGCAUGGCACUGGGCACCCGACUUUGACAAGGCGCUGCGCCGCAUCGCCGCGACGCUCCGUACUGGCGGUGUAUUGGCCCUGAUGUGGAACUUGGAGGACCGCAGCGCGGCCAAGUGGGUCGCAGAUUUCCGUGAUCUUUACGAGCGCUACGAGGCCGGUGCCACGCAGUACCGGCACAUGCUGUGGAAAAAGAUGGAGGAGACGCCGAGCUACCAAAAAUACUACCAGCCGCUUCCUCCCGUCCACAUUCAGCGUGCAUUGCCGACCACCGAGCAGGACGCUAUCGACCGCGUCAUGUCCAAAUCAUAUAUCUCCAUUCUCAGUGACGAACACAAGCAGCUGCUCACAGACAAGAUGCGGCAGAUCCUCGAGGGGCCCGACACCGCCACAGGACGCAAGUGGAUCGACAAAUUGCGGGGAAAGUUUGAAUAUCCGUACAAGACCGACCUACACAUGUAUCGUCGCACGUAA